AUGGAUUUCACCAAGGUGGGUAUAGCCAGAAAAUUGCAACUGGAGGAGCUUGAAUGUCUUAGAAUGGAGGCAUAUGAGAACACUCGAAUUUACAAGGAGCAAACUAAGGCAUUCCAUGAUCUCCAUAUCCGCAAGAAGGAUUUCAAGGAAGGUGACGAAGUUCUCUUAUACAACUCUAGACUCAGAUUCAUGCAUGGAAAUCUCCGUUCAAGGUGGGAUGGUCCAUUUAAGGUAAAUGAGGUGAAGCCCUAUGGUGUGGUCGAAUUAUUCUACCCUCAAAGUGGUACAACAUUCAAGGUGAAUGGCCAUAGGGUAAAGAACUAUCAUGGCUAUAAAUCACCGAAGGAGUUGGAGGUGUACCUACUUCAGGAUGCACCCAAAGGAGGAGAAGCUUAA